ACUUUGAAUUCAGGAUUUAGCCUAAAAUGUGACUAAUUUACUACAGAAGAAAGGCGAGAGUUAGUUUGGCCCACACCUCCAUUGGAAGCUGGAGACAAAUACCGGAUACCGGAUAUAGCAUAUUAGCAUCUAUUUGACAUAUGGCGGGAAAUGCAAUUUUAAUGGUAAUGAACGGCGAAAAUAAAAUGUUGUAGUUGGAAGUUUUGUUUCAUAAUCAUGUCUUCAAAUGGAGAGAGAGAAAUAGGUGACUUUGAUACGGAAAUAAAUAAGUUAGAGAAAGAAAUAGAAGAUCUAGAGAAGAAAGUUGAUGAACAAGAAAAGGAAAACAAUCUUCUGAAAGCAUGGCAGGAGUAUCAGAACCAAGAAAAAGUUGAGGAAGAUAAUGAUGAUAUUCUUAGAGCACGGGUACAGGGUCUUAGACACCAGAUUGAUACAUUGAAAGAGUUUAGGGGUGUGGCUAUAACUGGUGUCUCAACUGAAAUUAUUGGUCAAGACAUGUUAUAUUUGGAGAAAGAGAAACAGGUAGAUGGUAUGUGUGGAGAAGUGGAGUUUCAGCUCAAGAUGGUAAUACAGGAAUCUAUGGAUCAAGAUUCGACUGUCCAUGCAAAGAUAACACACCUCUCUAUAUCUGCAUCUGAAUGUGUAUACAGGGACCUGAAACUCACUGUAGAACAGUUGGCAGAGGAAGGCAAUGCACAAGGUUUUCUUACUCUGUUAAGACCUUACAACACAUGGCUGAAGGCAAGGAAGAAAACUUUUGAACAUUUUGUAAAAACUUAUCCAAAAAUUGCAAAAUGCCCAAAUAUACAACAGUUGAUUUUGAAACAUCCUGUGAAGAAAUUUUCAUUUGAGAUAGUAUGGGGAUGUAGAGUUACAGACACGUACAAUGUGUUACCGGAGAUAGAGUUAAAUGUUAAUAUUCCUAAAAAAGUGGAGAACCCAAACAGUGAAUUUCUUGGAACAGUUUCUGACAAAUUUCAAUUGAUGCUACAAGAACUUGGAAUAGAAAAGACAUUGAACACCCUUGUCGCUUUACUACAAAAAUAAAAAUGUUGUUUUCCAUUACUUUACAUGUAUAUGUCAAAUAGCAGAGUACUUCACAAUAUGGGAAUGUAUUUUUGUUUAUUGGUUAUAUCGUAAUUUGUUACAUAUUUAAAACAACAAUUUUCUUUUGUACGCACCAUAGAUUUUGACAAAUGAUUGUUUUAUUUCAAGUUAGAUAACUCUCUAGUUGUACCUAAUUACUGUGAAAUCUGAAACAAUUGUAGUAAAAAUUCAUGGUAUGAUUUCUUUGAAACAUAAUAAAGGCAAAAAGGGAAUUGCAAACUGUAUUUUUUGUUGGUCAAAAUUUAUUACUUUUUGUUUGUUAUACAUGUAUAACUUUACUGAUUCUUAGUUUUUGAUGAAAAUGUUUACUUAAGAUUUUUUGUAAAAUGCAGAAUAUUUUAAAAAUAAAAG